AUGUUCCACAAAAUAUAUUUUACAAUAAUUGGAAUAUGCUUAGCAAUAUGUUCUCGUGGUGCACAAUUAACAUUAGAAGAUAAAAUAUCAAACCUUCAAGAUUCAUUAUACAGAAGGCCAAUGAUGUCUUUGAAUACAGAAAAAUUCAAACAAUAUGUAUCAUCAUCUCCUCGUAAUUACAGUAUUAUUGCAAUGUUUACAGCUUUAUCACCACAAAUGAAUUGUCAAGUUUGUAAACCAGCUUAUGAUGAAUUUGAAAUUCUUGCUAAUUCAUAUCGUCAUCAAUAUUCUGAAGCUAAAAAGCUUUACUUUGUUAUGGUUGAUUAUGCAGAUGCUCCUGAAGUUUUUGCUUCAAUUAAUCUUAAUACAGCUCCUGCAUUUAUACAUUUCCCAGCUAAAAGAUCAAGAAAAUCAAGUGAUACAAUGGAUGUUCAGUCAAAUGGAUUUGAGGCUGAUAUUUUGGCAAGAUUUGUAAAAGAAAGAACUGAGAUAACAAUUAAUAUUGUUAGACCACCAAAUUAUGGAGCUCCAAUUAUGAUAUUACUUUUCUUACUUAUGAUAGUAUCAAUUCUUUACAUUCGUCGUGAUAAUCUUGAUUUCCUUUACAAUAAAUCUGCUUGGGGAGCAUUUUGCUUGUUCUUGGUAUUUGCAUUCAUGUCAGGACAGAUGUGGAAUCAUAUUAGAGGACCACCAUUUGCAAUUAAUAAUCCAAAAACAGGUUCAGCAACAUUUAUUCAUUCAUCAACUCAAUAUCAACUUAUCUCUGAAACAUACAUUGUUGGAGGACUUUAUGCUCUUGUAACAGUUGGAUUUAUUUUGUUAACUGAUGCUGCAGUUGAUGAUAAUGAAGAGAACCCUAAACCAUCACCUAUUUUGAAAAGGAAUAUUGUUGUAAUUAUAGGACUUGUUAUUACACUUGUUGGAUUUAGUUUACUUCUUUCAGUUUUUCGUUCAAAACAUCGUGGGUAUCCAUAUAGUUUAUUAUUCUCUUAA